AUGAACAUCCACAACUCCGCCGGCGGCGGCCGCCUGUUUCUCCUUUGCACCGUCUUCCUCCUGUGGGCGGCAACCACGCCGAGGAAACUGAUCCAGACGGCCGGAGCCCAUGUGGUCGUCAACGUCUGCAACAACCUGACGUACGUGAGCGAGACUUUUUGGGUCCACUGCAAGUCCGGCGACAACGACAUCGGAGCUCAAUAUGUCACCGCCGGCCACUGCGACUACACUUUCAACUUCGAGCCCAACGUAUGGUUUUCGACGCAGUUUUGGUGCCACAUGGAACGGGAUUCCGGAUUCCACGCGGACAUCGUGGCGUGGCAUAAUGGUGAUUACAAUGCGCCGAUAACUUGGUGCGCUCAAAACGACAACGUCACGGGAUGGGAGCGUGAGGCCAUCUAUUAUACUUACGAGUGGGCACGGAAUUAA